UCGUAAACUGCAUCGAACUUUUUCAUUUGACGUUGGGUAGGAUUUCACCGUUAAUGGAAUGCCAGUCGAAUUGCAAUCUUAGGAAAUGUAUAGAAGUAGUUCAUCUUUUCGACAAUAGUUUGGUUAAUUUGAGUAUUACCUUAAGAGGUCUGCCGAUAAACUGCUGAUUGGUCAUGGCAGAAGAUGGUGCAGAAGUAACUGUUCUUGACAGUUGGGAGGAACUUGACGACAGCAGGGUUCUCAAUAAAAAAUUGAAAGAAAUAAAGAUUUCAAACCAGGAUGACAAGAAAACAGCAGGUGCUCUGGUGUUGGAAAAUCAGGAUCGAACACAAUACCAACCUCAAGUACGAAUUCUAAAACGCAGAUCGGACCCUGGCACAGUCACCACUUCACAGCAGGAUUCAAGCAAAGUGAAUGCCAACAAGCACAACAAGACACUGGAGCAAAGAGAAAAAGAGUAUGCAGAAGCCAGAUUAAGGAUACUCGGAUCAGCCUCUGGUGGAUUUGAGACUGAACAAACAAUAGACAAUAGUUUCAGGCCUUCACCAAGGCAAGCCCAGCAGAACAAUAAUAACAAUGCCACUGAAAUAUUACGACAGCCACGGGGGCCUGACGGAUCUAAAGGUUUUGAUCAACAAAGGUAGUACACAACAGGUAUGGAAAAAAACUGUAAAGUAAGCUCAUUGUAAUUUGAAGAACUUGUGUAAGGCACAGGGGUCUUGUUGGUGAUAGGCAAUUAUCAAUAUUGACCACCUGACAGUAAUCCAGGUAUAAACAGGAUAUACUGUUUACUGACAUGAACAUUGAGUUACCUGGGUUACUGACAACAAAAAGUGAGCUACCUGGGUUACUGACAACAAGAAGUGAGCUGUCUAGGUUGCUGAUAUGAACAUUGAGUUGCCUUGAUUACUGACAAUAAAAGUGAGCUGGGUUUACUGACUUAAACAGGGAGCUACUUGUUUACCAGUGUGAAUAAAGUAGGUUACCUUGGUUACCAUCGUGAAAAGUGACCUGCUUUGGUAUAUGUACGCGAACAGUGAGCGUCCUUGGUUACCAAUGUAAACAGAAUGAGCUAUCUUGGUUACCAAUGCAAACAAGGCUUGGUUACGUACAUGAAGAGUGAGCAACAGAACCAGGUAACCAUCCUUAACAGUGAGCUUUCUUGAUUACUGAUGUAAACAAAGUGAGUUACCUCGGUUAUUGAUGUGAAGAGUGAGCUACCAUGAUUACUUAAUGAUAGGUGAACUACAGUACCUGUUUACCAACUUGAACAGUGAGCUAUCUUGGCUACCAGUGCAAAGAGUGAGGUACCAUGGUUAUCUUCCUAAACAGUGAACUACAGUACCUGUUUACCCUUGAAAAAUGAGCUAUCUUGGCUACCAGUGCAAACAGUGAACUACCGUGGUUAUCUUCUUGAACCGUGGGCUACAGUACCUGGUUACCAGCUUGAAACUGUGAACUUUCUUGAUUACCAGUGCAAACAGUGAACUACUGUGGUUCUCUUCCUAAACUGAACUACAGUACCUGUUUACCAACUUGAGCAGUGAACUAUCGCGAUUACCAGUGCACACAGUGAACUACCGUGGUUAUUUUCGUGAACCGUGAGCUACAGUACCUGGUUACCAGCUUGAACAGUGAACUACCUUGGUUACUGAGAUGUUAACAAAGCAAGCUGUUAGGUUGCAAAUAUAUUUUAAACAAUGGGAUCUACAGACAUACAACACUUGCUGACGAGAAUCUGUCUGGGCUACUAUCGUGAAAAAAGUGAGCUAAUGUAGUUACAGUCACGAUCAAGGAAUGACCUGGGCUACUGGCUGUAAUAGGGAGUCUGGUCUUGAAGGAAGAUACAAGUACAUGGAUUUCUGGUACCCAGAGCUAAGAAGUUCCAAUGAUUUCUCCAAGGCUAGAUCCACUCAGUGCAAUACAUAUGGUUAAAUUCUUGUUUGUAAUCUUCCUGUGUUCAUAAUCUGUCAAACGUAAGUAGCGCUGUGUAAGCAACAUUAGUUAUUAUCUCCCUUGGUUUGAUAAUGUAUUACCUCCUUGGAUUGACAAACCUCCCUGCUAGAAGCAUUUCUGAUGAACAAAGAUUAACUACUGUUUGAGUAAAUAGUAUCUGUCUUGAAAAAAGAGUUGUUAUCUCCAGAGUACAUAGAAGUUCUGGUAACAUUCUUUUGAUGCACUUAGUAGGAAAUCAAUACCUGACCAGCAAUAAGUCUUUUCCACUGGGUUGUCUCCCCUGCCAUGAAAGAGUAGAAAUGUGCCUUGAAAUAAACAAAGAUAUAAUUGAUUUGUGAUAUUUGAUAUAUCACAUUGUAUGUAUCCAGUCCAUUCAGGAAUGAUAAUCAUAGUUAAUUGGUUCAGAGCUUAUCUUUAAAUUCCAAUUUUUUUUAGUUAUAGAUUAUAUUGAACAUGAAUGUGCUAUGGCUAGGGGCAUAAUGUGCUCAGCCAUACUUUCCAUACAUUUGUGUCUCCGUCCAGCACACAAAUUUUCAUUAUGUCUCAAAUAGAUCUUGACUUUACGCUGCCAUCAAAGAGUUAAGACUGGUAAAGGGGUCAUAGACUCAGAUCAUAUUGUUCUUUGAAAGGUUUUUCAUGUAAACUACACGUAUUCAUGGAAUAUCACAAUACUAUUUAAUACAAGAUGUGUUCAUUUAUAGGCAUUCAGAGAGUCGGUAUCAAUGCAUUAAGUAAGGUUACAAAACAAAUAUAAAAGGGAAUAUUUUUGUAUUACAAGAAAAAUAAAUAUGGCUUUGUAUAAUAGUAAAGUUAAAAAAGUUUUUUUUUUUUUUGGUUGCAUUGUUUGAUAAUAAAGAGUUGACCAGUUUGAUAUGACAAAUAUUUCACUUACAGAUGAAAAUUUGGAUUUUCUUAUUUGGUGUUGCAAAGUUUUGUUAACAUUUAGGAAGUUAUAUGCUGCUGUAAUUUAGACAAUGUGUCUGUAUUACAUAAUUACAUUAUUUUACAUAUAGAUGUACAUGUAAGUGAAUACGAUUUUAUGUACCUGCAGCAAAAUGUUUGAUAUCAAAAUAACCAUUUAAGAUUUUAAUGGCUGCUCAAUAUAUGUAAACCAUCAGGUGUUAAAAAAAAAGUAUAAAAAUCUGACACAUGGAAAUUAGAUAAAUACAACUUCAUUAUUUCCUAUGUCCACUGACAAACAUAUCAUAUAGUUUAGGGGGGGCAUUUGCCCACCUUCCCUAAAUUACCCUUGCCAAAAUAGAUCUUAACAUUUUAUGAUAUCAUAAAACACAUGUAUCAUGAAUUUAUUAAAAAUGUUAAGAAGCUGCAUUUUACGUCAUUUAUUUGUUAUUAUCGUCAGGUUAAUAAUGACGAAUGAAUAAGUAUUAAAAGGAAUUUUCAAUAAAUAUGCCAAAAUAAAUGUACUAAAAUUCAAAUAAAGUAUUACAGAAACAACAGAGAAUACCGACAUAGUAAUUAUAUAUCAUGAAACCAUGAUUAUAUUUAACAACUGAUAAAACAAUGGGCACAACAGAAGAGCUAGAAUUACACAGAGAUCAUUGAAAAAGUACAAGGAGAAUAUAAGACCAGGUGUUCUGAAAGUGCUGGCAUCUUUUGCUUCAUCGAUGUCUGACACUUGUCUUAGAAAAUCUAGGUGAAAAUCCUUAAAAUGAGAAUUAGAGUGGUUACAAUGGAACUUAAUAUUUCACAGGGUAAUAGAAGAUUUUCUUAAUGAGAUCAUGAGUUGAUAAUAAAACUUAACCUUGGUUUUCAUCAACCUGCACCAUCUUGA